AUGGCCUCUGAGAACCAUACUUGGUUUACUGACUUCAUAUUCUUAGGGUUUUCUAGCAGAAAGGAUGUCCAACAGGGGCUGUUUGUGCUCUUUCUCUUCGUUUAUGGAAUAACUGUGAUUGCAAAUGUAGGGAUGAUCCUAUUGAUCAAGGUGGACAGAAGACUCCACACGCCCAUGUAUUACUUCCUGAGCAAUCUGUCUUUCUGUGAUGUCUGCUACUCCUCCACAGUCUCUCCCAAGAUGCUGGCUGAUUUCCUAGCUCAGCAAAAGAGGAUUCCUUACAACUUCUGUGCCGUUCAGAUGUAUUGUUUUGGUGCCUUUGCCGACGUAGAGUGUCUCAUGCUGGCUGUCAUGGCCUAUGACCGCUAUGUGGCCAUUUGCAAUCCACUUCUUUACACACUUGCCAUGUCUCGAAGGGUCUGCACUCAGCUGGUGACCGGUGCUUACCUUGUGGGGUUGGUGGACUCGGCAAUCCACACCUGUUGCACGUUCCGAUUGUCCUUCUGCACGUCUAACGUCAUCAAUCACUUUUUCUGUGACAUCCCACCCUUGCUCGCCCUCUCCUGCUCAGAUACAUCUGUCAAUGAGAUAGUGAUGUUCACCUUUAUCGGCUGUGUGGUUGGGUGCAGUAUCGUAACCGUCCUUCUCUCCUACUGCUAUAUCCUAACUACCAUCCUUCGGAUGAACUCAGCCGAGGGGAGGCGCAAAGCUUUUUCCACGUGUGCCUCCCACUUAACCGCUGUGGCUAUAUUUCACGGCACUCUCCUCUUCAUGUACUUCCGACCAAGCUCGAGCUACUCCAUGGACACUGACAAAAUGGCAUCGGUUUUCUACACAGUUGUGAUCCCCAUGCUAAACCCUCUGAUCUAUACUCUGAGAAAUAAGGAUGUGAAAGAGGCUCUGAAAAAAACAAUCCAAAUGAUAUAA